AUGUUUGUGCUGCUGGUCCUCAAUGCUGACCAUGUGGACGUCACUCGCCGCUCUGACCAUGUGGACGUCACUCGCCGCUCUGACCAUGUGGACGUCACUCUCUGCUCUGACCAUGUGGACGUCACUCGCUGCUCUGACCAUGUGGACGUCACUCGCCGCUCUGACCAUGUGGACGUCACUCGCCGCUCUGACCAUGUGGACGUCACUCGCCGCUCUGACCAUGUGGACGUCACUCUCUGCUCUGACCAUGUGGACGUCACUCGCUGCUCUGACCAUGUGGACGUCACUCUCUGCUCUGACCAUGUGGACGUCACUCGCCGCUCUGACCAUGUGGACGUCACUCUCUGCUCUGACCAUGUGGACGUCACUCGCUGCUCUGACCAUGUGGACGUCUCUCGCUGCUCUGAUCAUGUGGACGUCACUCGCUGCUCUGACCAUGUGGACGUCACUCGCUGCUCUGACCAUGUGGACGUCACUCGCUGCUCUGACCAUGUGGACGUCACUCACUGCUCUGACCAUGUGGACGUCACUCUCUGCUCUGACCAUGUGGACGUCACUCUCUGCUCUGACCAUGUGGACGUCACUCACUGCUCUGACCAUGUGGACGUCACUCUCUGCUCUGAUCAUGUGGACGUCACUCUCUGCUCUGACCAUGUGGACGUCACUCGCUGCUCUGACCAUGUGGACGUCACUCUCUGCUCUGACCAUGUGGACGUCACUCUCUGCUCUGACCAUGUGGACGUCACUCGCUGCUCUGACCAUGUGGACGUCACUCGCUGCUCUGACCAUGUGGACGUCACUCUCUGCUCUGACCAUGUGGACGUCACUCUCUGCUCUGACCAUGUGGACGUCACUCUCUGCUCUGACCAUGUGGACGUCACUCUGCUCUGA